CGACAUAAGUGUUGUAGCAGCACGUCCUCCACACGCUUCAUUUGUAGGUUAUGCUGAUGGUAGCGCACGGCUAGCGCGCAUUGUUUAGUUGUGAAAGGCUGUAUAAUAACCGGCGUUAUUUUAGGGGGUUAAAAUAAAAAGUGCCAUCACUCCGUAGGUGUUGUCGGUACGGAUAUAGCCUAGUUUACGUUUGUGUGCCUUGAAAACGGGCAAGUGAGGCCUAACGUUAGCUAGCAUUACUGUCGACUGUGAGGGUUGCCUGGUAUAUAUCGCAAAUGAUACAGCCAUUCAUCUGUAUUGCUGGAGUGACACACUAAGCCCUUAACUCAGCAUGCACCCUGACCUGUCGCCUCACUUGCACACGGAUGAGUGUAAUGAGCUGAUAACCCUCCUGAGACAGUGCCACAAGGAGCACAAUGUUAUGAAGUUCUUCGGCACAUGCAACGAUGUGGACCGUGCUAUGCGACAGUGCCUGAAGAAAGAGGCGCUGGCGAAGAGGGAGAGGAGCAAGCAGCACGCUCUGGAGAUGAAAAAGAAGCUUAAAGAAGGGCCCAAGGCACAGGUCUGAAGGACAUUUGACCUCAUCCUUGCCCUAGGAUCAUAAUAUUAGGAUUGAAUCAAGCUUACUACUGUAUAAGCUCAACCUGCUGUCAUUGCAUCUAGACAGAAGAGGGGCCCUGACUUCUGUCUGUGUUAAUGUGUAUUCACAGGAGUGUUGGGGAAUGCGAAUUAUCAGUCAUACUUAAGUUAUGAGAAACUUGGUUAAGAUCCCUGGCUUAUUCAUAUGAUAAAUGGUACUCUAUUGACCUUUGAUUUUCAUUUUCUGCGCUAACGUCACACUUGCACAGGGUUAUGGUUACAUUUUGAUUCCACCAGAAACAGUGGUGAGCAGUACUUUGCAAUAACAUCACUAUUGGGUUCAACAAUUCUUUCCAGCAAGCUCAGACUUUUCAUUCUUUGUUUGCUGUUGGACUGUUUUCUCUGUGGGUGUGUCACCACAGAGGGACAGGGAAAUUCUGCUUUAUUCAUGGUAACAGGGAUACUCAGUCUUAGAGUACCAAAGAUGUAUGCAUAUAAAUGGAACCAGUGUUGUUUAAAAGUUUAUUUGAAUGGAGAAUCAUAUUGAUUCGUGGCAGGCUGUGUCCUUUCAAAUAAAGUGUAAUUAUGAUUUCAAUUACCUUUUUUAAUGUGGUGUCAUUACUGUAAAACAUUGCAGGACUACUACAGGACAAAAUGAGAACAUUGUAUCAUACUAAGAUAAGCAUGGAUGAGUCCAUCUAGCUGGGAGUAUUCAGUGUGUUAUUCUUUAAUUUUCACAGAGGAGGUAAUUACACCAACCCUGGGGGUUUUUCUAAACAGUGCUUACUUGUAGUUGGUCUUUCAUAUCAAUCAAACAGAAAGUUGCCUCCCUAAUAACACAGGAGAGGCCAAUCACUCGGGCCCCCACCAACUACAUACAGACUCAAAACAACACUGCUAAAGGUGACUAGCAAAUACAGUGGAUUAUAGAGUCUUAAUUAAGCUUGCUUCCUUAUGUUUGGUCAACUUUGUAAUAAUAUUUAUAUGCUACAGUAUCACAGCUAUUAUGAAUGAGAUAGAAUUGAAGCACAGGGAAAAGAACACAUUAUUUCCACUUACGUAUUUUGUCAGUGGUAUAAAGAAAUUUCAUAAUACUUCCCAUGCUAGUAUUUAUUUAUUUUUUUUCCUGUGGCCUUCACAUAACAUGGUUUAUUAAAAAGGCAGGCAUUCAUAGUUAUUGCAUUCAAUAUGGGCACUGAAUGUUACUGUGUGGUAUUGCCUUAUUUUAAAAUAAUUUAUUUUGAGAAAACAGUUGCUGACUAAUAUUUGCAUAAAUUCUUGCCAAAGCCAGUUGCUUCAAAUGGGCCACAAUGUCUUAGGUAAGGACAGUCAUUUAUUUUCAUGAAUUUUGUAAGAGGUUGUUAAUAGAGUACCAUAACUACUGUGGAAAAUCUUUUGUGUUAGUGUACACCACCAUGGACACACAACCUGAGCUAUUGUUAUGCAAAAUAAAAAACAAA